AUGCCUGAUCUAGGAGACGCGGAAACCAUCCGCAUCCUCGUCUCAACCGACAACCAUGUCGGCUACAAUGAACGUGAUCCCAUCCGAGGCGAUGACAGCUGGAAGAGUUUCCACGAGGUGAUGUGCCUGGCAAAAGAAAAAGAUGUGGACAUGGUGCUCUUGGCUGGCGACCUCUUCCAUGAGAACAAGCCGUCUCGAAAAUCCAUGUAUCAGGUGAUGCGUUCGAUUCGGAUGAACUGUCUGGGAGACAAGCCGUGUGAGAUUGAAAUGCUCAGCGACGCGAGUGAAAACUUCCAAGGGGCCUUCAACCACGUCAACUAUGAGGAUCUGGAUAUCAACGUGGCGAUUCCGAUCUUCUCCAUCCACGGCAACCACGACGACCCAUCCGGCGAAGGUCAUCUAGCGGCCUUGGAUUUGCUGCAGGUUUCGGGGCUGCUGAACUACUACGGGCGGACUCCGGAGUCAGAUAACAUCCACAUCAAGCCGGUCUUACUUCAAAAAGGGCGCACCAAACUCGCGUUGUACGGUAUGAGUAAUGUUCGUGACGAGCGAUUAUUCCGCACGUUUCGCGAUGGCAAAGUCAAAUUCUACCAGCCGUCGAUCCAAAAGGAGGACUGGUUCAACUUGAUAUCCGUCCAUCAGAACCACCACGCAUACACCGAGACAGGUUACCUGCCGGAGAACUUUUUGCCUGAAUUCCUAGAUCUGGUUAUCUGGGGACACGAACACGAAUGCCUGAUCAACCCCCGACUGAACCCCGAAACAAAAUUUCACGUCAUGCAGCCCGGUUCCUCGGUCGCAACAUCUCUCGUCCCUGGUGAAGCAGUGGCGAAACACGUCGCCAUCCUCAGUGUUACGGGACGCGAGUUCAAAUGCGAGCCAAUCCGCCUGAAAUCCGUGCGGCCGUUCGCCAUGAGGGAGAUCAUUCUCUCCCAAGAAAAAGGGGCGCAGAAGCUAGCGCGCAAGGAGAAUAACCGCACAGAAGUGACCCGAUUCUUGAUGGGAAUCGUGGAGGAGCUCAUCGAAGAAGCGAAAGCGGAAUGGCUAGAGACACAAGACGACAACGAAGCAGACGAGGAAGAAGAGGUCCCGCUACCACUCGUACGACUGCGUGUCGAGAUCUCAACGCCUGAAGGGGGUAGUUAUGACUGCGAAAAUCCACAACGAUUUUCCAACCGGUUCGUCGGCAAGGUCGCCAAUGUCAACGACGUGGUCCAGUUCUACCGAAAGAAGAAAAACACUACCGCUCGCAAGAAGGACGAUGAGAUCGAUGAAGCCGCCGUUUCACACCUUGCCACCCUGGACACCGUCAAGGUUGAACAGCUAGUACGCGACUUCCUUUCCGCCCAGUCUUUGAGUAUCCUCCCACAGAAUUCCUUCGGAGACGCGGUGGCCCAAUUCAUCGAUAAGGACGACAAACAUGCGAUGGAAAUGUUCGUCAACGAGUCGUUGGACAGCCAGAUGAAACAUCUCAUGUCACUGGACCGCGACUACGAGGACAUGGACGAAGUGGCCACCGAAAGCUCGCUCCAAAAAGCCAUGGAAAAAUACCGUACCCAAAUGGAAGACAUGUUUUCACGGGGCGUCAAGAAACGCACUCGCGGCAAGAAGCGCUUCAAGCCUAAGCCAGACAAAUGGGACAGUGAUCUCGACGGCCCCUGGGAAGACGAACCGGGGGCGCUGAUCCACUCCGACAACGAGGGCGGAGAUCCCAACGCGGAGGAAGCAGGGGCAGACGGCACCACCGAACCACCUACCGGUCGGACAUCGGCACGAGGCCGAGGUCGAGGUGGUAGGGCCGCAGCAUCCACUACCACCAGUACUCGCAAAGCGGCCACGAGCACCAGGACCGCAGCAGCAACCACGAAGAAAGCCGCGCCCGCCAAAACCAACAAAUCUCGAGGCCGACGAGCCGUCUCAGACGACGAAGACGAAGAAGACGACGAUGUCAUCAUGCUAGACGACGACGAUGACGACGAGGCAGACGCAGCCCAGGUCCUGUCUGACGAUGAAGAAGACGACGAUGACUCGCAGUCCUUGUUCGUGAAACAGCCACCUACCAAGACUCGAUCCAGGGCCUCCGCCGCGCCUGCAAAGACCACCACCAGCCAACGUCGUGGCCGCACUGCGCCCUCCCCUGCGCCGUCCUCGAACACAUUGGGAGGCACCGUCCCCGCGCCUCGCCGAGGUGCUGCGUCCGCACGAGGCCGGCAAACUCAGACGACACUGAGUUUCACCGGCUCUCAGGCCAAUGCCCGUGGUACUACCGCUAGUCCGUCGAAACGACCGACUCGCGCAACUCGACACAGGGAUGUCAGCGUGGUGAGUGAGGAUAUCGACGAUGAUAGUGACGAUGCUUUUGAACCUAUGCCUAGCUCGAGUAGACGUCGGUAG